GUUUGCUUGUGUAUGUGUACUGUUUACGAUAAGAAAAAAUUCCAUAACGAGUUUGUUGUGUUGUGUUCGAAACAGGAGUGAAUUUUUGUGUUUUGUGCAUACCUGUACGGAGCAAGCGGUGUAAAGUGAAGUUUUCUAAGCCCGUGAGAUGUGUAUUUGACAGCUUGGAUCUUGCGUCCCUGGAAUUUGUCCGCAUAGGACUAGAAAAUCAGCACCGGAAUCCCCCAGUAUCGCCCCGAAGCCCCCAAAAUUUCCCUAGUAAGAUGAAGAGCUAGGCUUAGGUGUCUGAAGAUGAGCGGAGCCGCGUCCACGGGGCUGGUGCAGCAACCCGCCGGGGCACUGAAGCGUCAGAAGCUGGUGGGGUGCAGGGACAGCGUGCCCUCGGUGCACGGCAGGCCCCAGACGACGCCGCUCAACGUCAAGGCCAGGCUGAGCAACCACCAGAGAAACCUCAGCCUCGAUUUCAGGUCCAUGGGCAUCCUUCUGCCACCCGUCACCCAGGUGACCACCGCCAGCAACACCCACCUCACCCUGCACCACCGCAACCGCAGCCUCGACUCGGCCCUCCAGAGGAUACCCGAGGUGGACGUCACUCCCAGCCCGGAGUGCGAGAACGUCGGCGUCGUCGCCGUCACCGGCAUCCUCUGCAACGAGGUGCACACAUGCCCCGCGUCUUCCAAGCAGCGCGACGAGCUGGCCAGCCUCGGUUCCGACGACUCGGGCAUCCUCUGCGGCUCCGAUUCCGGCUCAAGCGACUCCAACACCACCAGGGAGUCGAGCGUGGAGUACCUGGGCCAAAACAACGAGAGCCGCGAGAGCCUGGACAACCUGGACAAGCCGGAAUGCGAGAAAGCCGACGCGGACGAUGUCGAUCAGGACGCCAGUGAUCGGACUAAAGUGUGUGAUCAGAGUGACUCGGCGACGGCCCCCAAGAGCACGGGUAUGCUAAGGCUGCUCGAGAGCAAGGUGUUCGACGUCUCCAUGGCCAUGCACUACCUCUUCAACAGCAAGGAACCGGGCGUGCUGUGCUACAUCGUCAACAAGAUGUUCAGUUUCGAGGACCAGGACGUGGACUUUUACCUGCCGCAGCUGGUGUGCAUGUACAUCCAGAUGCACGACGUCGCUGAGGUCAUACAUCGGUACCUUAUCCAUAGAUGUAGGAAAUCCAUAGACUUCUCCCUGAAAUGUGCCUGGCUGUUGGAGGCCUUCAGCUCCGACGCCUCACUGCCCACCAAGAAGAAGCCGCACGGCGUCAAGCUGCGCAACCUCAUCCUCUCCGACGAGCUGAGGCCCAAGAACCAGAAGAUGACCACCUCGCUCAACAUCCAGUCGGACAAGCUGGCCGUACCGCAGCUGGCGCCCGCCAAGAAGUCCCACCAGAGGUCGCAGAGCGACGCCUCGGCCCUCCUGCCCGGCCUGAAGAAGGGCGCCGCCAGCACGAAACUCUGCCUGGGCGAUCUCAGUUCGGGCAAGGCGUUCGACAAUGGGUGCGUGUGCUUCGAGAGCUGCCAGAGCGUCGUCAACGACCUUAGGGGAGAGAAGACUGAAUGCACCUGCUCGGCUCCCAGACUGAGGCCGGAACUGGAGUUCAUGCAAGCGCUGAUCCUCAUCGGCAAGCUGCUGAGCUCCAUCCCUACCAAGGAGGCGAAGACCACCAGGUUGAUAGCGGAGCUGACCACCCUGAACCUGAACCUGCCGGCAAGGGUGUGGCUGCCACUCAACAGCCACAAUCCCCACCUUAUAGUGAGGAUACCGCCCCAGGUGGCGGCGGUUCUCAACUCCAAAGAUAAGGCUCCGUACAUAAUCUACAUAGAAGUCGUCGAGGUGGACGACAUAGCCAGUUCGCCAGUGCCAACCAAGAUCAUGCCCACCCUUAGGCAUACCAAGUCGGAGGAGAACCUCAAGCACGAGACGACGUCCUUGUCGGCGUUCAGCGUGUGCGGGGGGUGCUACGACGACGUCGAUCCCGACUGGAGCCAGGAGGACGACGAGAUAUCCCAGCAG